AUGGACGACGCAACAACCACCGCGGAUAAGCCAAUCAAGAAACGACGGCAGGCGGACGGCCGAGCCCCAACGUCGACGGAGGGACCGACUCGAGCGGCGGCGCCGGAGGAAGAGGUGGAGGAGUUCUUCGCGAUACUGAGGAGGAUCCACGUCGCCGUCAAGUACUUCGAGAGGAGCGGGGUCGAGGCCGGCAGCCUGCUGAGCGCGGGGAAGAGAAGGAGGCCGUCGUUCGAAAAGGAGGAUUUCGUUGAGAUCGGCGGCGGAGGGAACGAUGAGGCGGUGGUUGGCGAUUGCGAUGGAGGGAAAUAUAAGGGAGCGGGUUUGGAUCUCAACUCGGAUCCUCCGCUGGAUUUAACUUUUCAACUAAACUAG